CCUCACAUACAGGAGUUCACUGUGUGUGCGCGGUUCUCUGAGCUGCGUGUUCACGUGGAGCCGCCGUCACGGCCCAGAACCAUUUACCCCGAACCGAGUCCUCACCGAAGGAAGCCGAACCGAGUCUUCACCGGAGGAAGCCGAACCCUGACGAGCCGGUUUUUGAAUGCUGAUCCCAGUUCAGCUGGUUCAACCUUCUCUAAUCCUCUGAACCUCAGCGACCCACUGACAGUAACAUUCGACUUCUUCAUCUUCAUCAUCUUAGUCUUCGUUGUGAGCAGACAUGCCCUCAGCGGCUGGUGGUCCUGUGGGAUACACCCCCCCUGAAGGUGGCUGGGGCUGGGCGGUGGUGGUGGGAGCCUUCAUCUCCAUUGGCUUCUCCUAUGCCUUCCCCAAGUCCAUCACAGUGUUCUUCAAAGAGAUAGAGGUCAUCUUCGAUGCCACACCGAGUCAGGUGUCCUGGAUCUCGUCCAUCAUGCUGGCUGUCAUGUAUGCUGGAGGCCCAAUCAGCAGCAUCCUUGUGAACAAAUUCGGUAGUCGACCGAUCAUCAUAGCCGGUGGUUGUCUGUCAGGGUCGGGACUGGUCGCAGCCUCUUUCUGCAACACGGUGGAGCAGCUGUACUUCUUCAUAGGAGUCGUGGGAGGUUUGGGACUUGCCUUCAACCUGAAUCCAGCCCUCACUAUGAUUGGAACAUACUUCUACAAGCGCCGGCCCAUCGCCAACGGCAUUGCUAUGGCAGGCAGCCCAGUGUUUCUGUCCACUCUGGCUCCUCUCAACACCUGGCUCUACGAUCAGUUUGGAUGGAGAGGCAGCUUCCUGAUCCUGGGCGGACUUUUACUCAACUGCUGUGUGGCCGGCUCCCUCAUGCGCCCCCUCAGACCCAACCCUCAGCCCGCGGAGCUCGAAUCAGCAGCCGGAGAGGCCAAGGCAUCGGAGUCGGGACAGCCGCAGCAGAAGAAGACAAUCCUGAAAACCAUCAACUCCUUCAUUGACCUGACGCUGUUCAAACACCGCGGCUUUCUCUUGUACCUGAUGGGAAACGUUGUGAUGUUCUUCGGUCUCUUUGCUCCGCUCGUCUUCCUCUCUAAUUACGCCAAGAGUAAAGACAUCAGCAAGGAAAAGGCAGCCUUCCUUCUGUCGGUGCUGGCCUUUGUAGACAUGUUUGCCCGACCCUCAAUGGGCCUGCUGGCUAACACCAAGUGGAUCCGGCCGAGGGUGCAGUAUUUCUUUGCAGGUGCUGUCCUUUACAACGGGGUUUGUCACGUGCUGGCGCCACUGUCGGUGGACUACACUGGAUUUGUGGUGUACGCCAUCUUCUUUGGUUUUGCAUUUGGCUGGCUGAGUGCAGUGUUGUUUGAGACUCUGAUGGACCUGGUGGGGGCUGAGAGGUUUUCUUCAGCUGUGGGUCUUGUCACUAUAGUGGAGUGUGGACCGGUGCUUCUUGGCCCGCCACUCACAGGUACUUUCUAUAACUACUAUCAACACUAUGACUACACCUACAUAACCUGUGGCAUCAUCCUCAUAAUCGCCAGCGUGAUGCUCUUUGUGGGAAUGGGCAUCAACUACCACCUGUUGGAUCGAGAGAAGAAGGAGGAGGAGAGGCGACAACGAGACGAGCCCAAAGAGGAGCGCACUGCCAUGCUGGCCCCUCCCUCUCCAUCCAAAUCAGAUGAGGAGGCGGGCGAGGGGAGCAAUGUGCCGGGCGCCAUCAAAUUGGAGGAAGUGGCCAAAAUGGACGAGGACACAGUGUAAAAAAAAGAAAAACAAACAGACUGGUGAAGGACACACACACGGCUUUGCACACUUCACACUUCACACAUACAUUAGUUGCAGCUACGCACUCUGUCGUGAUAUAGCGAACAAGCCUAAAGCCAUAUAAACACUUACAGGAUUCAGACCUGAGACCUGCUGCUGUGAUGUGAAGCUUGAAGCUGCCCCUCAUCGUCUCACUGCGUUGAUACCGUUUAGCUCUGGUAUCGAACGUGCCUUCAGCAAACUCAAGUCCUGCGCACCGCAUUAACACCAGUUAUAAAAUAACCCAGUCAACUAGUGAGGACUUUACUCUCAGGCUCUUCUCACUAAUCACUCGUCCUCCACUCUGCCAACAGUUGUAUUGUUACACUACGAUCAGAGACUGUGUUGUACAUGUACUUUUCCUGCAACUCUGAGACCACAUAUCCCAAAAGGGACUCGUGGUCUCAGGUUCUGCUCACGUGUCAGACUAAAAAAGAACUUCAUUAUUUCAUUAACAGAACAGAAGCAAUACUUUUAAAAAUGCAAAGAUGAAGAAAAGUGAGAAAGUUGGAACGAUGGUGUGUGUGUGUGUGUGUGUGUGUGUGUGUGUGUGUGUGUGUGUGUGUGUGUGUGUGUGUGUGUGUGUGUGUGUGUGUGUGUGUGUGUGUGUGUGUGUGUGUGUGUGUGUGUGUGUGUGUGUGUGUGUGUGUGUGUGUGUGUGUGUGUGUGUGUGUGUGUGUGUGUGUGUGUGCGUGCGCAGCUGUGUAGGAACCUGUCAGUGGCAUCAAUGCAGUUCUCACACUUUCUAUCUCUUGUUCAUGUCUCUGUUGCACGUGGACUACGUGCACCUGUGCUACCACCACAGACCGGAUCAAUUGUGUGGAGACUAUCCUCGAGACAAACUCUAAUGAUGCUGAACAUCACACAACAAUUCACACAUGUUUUGAAAAGCAGGGAUCAAGCGUAACAUUUUUUUUGCAUAAUUUCGAAAACAUCAUGUGUGCAGUAUAAACUGAAAUCCGGGUUCUUCAUUUCAGAAACUGCACUCUCAGCACAUUAAUGUCUAAACUGUGCGUCAUAUCAGAGCAAUGUUGUGGCUUAAAAUUCAUAACAGAUCAGUCGAUGGUUAUUGAGCAGUGAUCAGUUUUAUUGAGAAGCGUCUUAGACUCACCGAACCAGCCAGAACAAACAAAAACAUAUAUGAAGGUUUUAAACAAUUCAUUACUUGGUCUAAACUUAAGUGUUUAAUAGUUCAAAAACAUGUGUCUUGAACAAUGUUGAAAUAUUAUAUAAUGAAUUUUGUAAUACUUUUAAAGAAAGGAACAUUAUUUUAACUUUUUACAUACAUUUUUAUUAUUGUCAACACAUUCAUUGUAAAGAUCAACAAUUAACUGAUCAUGGCAACCAGUAAGGCUCUGCAACUGAUAAUAAUUUCCAUUGUCAAGUUAUUUCAUUUUUUAAAUUUGAUAUAAAAUAUAUAAUAUCAUAUAAAAAUUUCCAAUUCAACCCAGGUAACCCACUUUACUGUUUAUGUAGUAUUCUCAUUCCAAAAGCUUGGAAACACAUAGAAUAUGAAUGGUGUUAUUCUUUAUAAUCUGAAAACCAAUCAAAUCAAAUUUCUUUUUAGUGGAGCAGGAUUUUUACACUGAAAAUGUUUCGGUCAAAGUGUGAAAUGACGACAUUGAAAAUAGCUUUGUUUAUUUUGAUAUUUCAGUGGAAAUAGAAAUGAUUUGUAGACAAACUGAAAUAUGCUGACACAUAUCACAUGAGAGGUAUAUUUUAAUUUACUCCAUUUCAAAAUUGACAUAAUUAAUCACUUAUUUUGCCUUUGAGAAGUGUGACAACCCUAAGUGUGGGGCUUAGGAACCCUAUAUGUGACCAUUAAGGGUUCAGAUUUUAAACUAAUACUCAUUGAUUAUUUGUCCCUUGUUUUUUUUGGAGCAGAAAUGGAAGUUACUGUCUAACCUUCCCUAACCCUAACCCUGUGAAAAAUUUGUGAAGGACUACAACAAAAACAUUACAUAAAAGAACGUAGUCUUACUAUUGCAGUUUUCUUUUUUUAAAUGGUACUGUACUUAGCCUCAGCACAUUUUUUUUAAAUAAGAAGAAAUCAAUGUGUUAACUUUCUGGAAAAUAACUUUUUCUUUUAUUUGCGUUAGAUGUUUUUAUCUUUGUAUGUGUGAUGUGAUGAGACGGCUGAUGAAUCAGAGAAUAAACAGUUUUUAAAGCAAAA